AUGUCCGUCGCAGCCAUCCACUUCGGCAGCAUCGUUUCUGUCGGUGACGUAGAUGACGGCAUGACAUUCCAAGACAUAGAGACGUUUGCGCGUGAGGACAAGAACGGAAAGAGUGGGAGUGAUUCAGAGACGUUCAAUCAGUGGUUGAACAUGGUGCUUGAUAGCCCGACGUGGGAUGACAUUGCUAAGCAGUAUGGGGCUGAGAAUGUACUCGACGCGUUUUGUCGGACUUUAAUUGGGAAUAGGAAUAAUCGAAUGAUGAAGCCGCCGGAGGAUGUCGCUGACGAGAUGCAUGACGAAAGUGAUGAACUAAGAUUAACAGUGACGACUCCGCGAUCGGAGACGAUCGAGAACCAAAACAAAAUACCCUGGGCGAUGCAGAACCUGGGGAUACAGGACCUGGGGAUACAGGACGAUACAGGACCUGGGAAUACAGAACCUGGUGCCAAUGAAAGCGAUAUGACCACAUCUACCUCAAGUGAAGACAACGCCUUCUCUCCCCCCGAGAUGCUAAGUAUGACGCUCGACGGUUUUCGGUCCUGCAUACAAGUCUCUUGGGGUAAGCGCUUCGCCAUCCUCGACAGCGGCCACAUGGGCAUCGUACCGCAGCAUGCACUUGUGGGUGAUAUGGUAGCUAUUGUUCUUGGGUGCACGAUGCCCCUUGUGCUGCGACUGACGAAUGUGAUGAGUGCCAAGUUUUUGGGGGAGAGUUACACUCAUGGGGUCAUGGCCGGGGACUUGAUGGGCGGACAUGUGGUGGAAACAUGGAUUCUAGAGUAUGAGACUGGAACCACAGGCACCGAGAGAUAUGCAGAAUCAAAGGAUAAAAUUACCGGUCGCAGAGACAAUUUUCAAGCUCAGUGGAGAAUACCUCAUCCGUUGGGUUCUCUUCCACCCUCGAGCGAUAUCCUCCGCGAUGCACAGGCAAUGGGAGAUAGCGAUGACUCGCGGUUCACCCUUGUGGCUGAGGUGAGUGUUGGAGUCCACUGCUAUGGAUCAGCGGUAAAUCGCAUACAUCGGCGUACUCUAAACGAUGCAUUGCUGCGCUUCAUUACCAUCAGCGGCGUGAGAUUCUGUCGGAUUGCCGCAAGGAUCAAUUCCAUGCGGGGCUGGUUCGCAGGAAUGCAGCUCAGCACAUCGUUCGACUGA